AUGAAGUAUAAAUGCUGCCAGGUGCCAACGGACAAGAUCACAAGAGGACUUCAGUACCUGAAAGACUGGGAGACAGAAAAGAUGCUGCUGCUGCUUCCGCUGUUUGCCAGUUUAUUCCUUGUGGCCUCUGGCCAUGUAGUGAAGUCAUUUAAAAAAUCGGAGGUGGCAAGUGAGGUCGUUUCUCCCUUACUUUCCCUCUCAAAAAGAUCUGUGCACGAUAAGCUUGAGGCCAAACACCACGUCCAUGAACAUCUUCAAGACCACGAUUUCAAAAAAGCUGUUGUACUUGUGAAAAGAUCAGUGAAAGAGGAUGAUGACAACGACGACGAUGUAGAGGUUGUGGAGGAUACUGGAAAUGCUGAAUAUGUCAAAGUGGGAGGAAAAGGAAAAGGAAAAGGCAAAGGAACAGAGAAAGGGAAAGGAAAAGGAAAAGGAAAAGGAAAAGGAAAAGGAAAAGAGAAAGGGAAAGGGAAAGGCGGGAAAGGAAAGGGAGGGAAAGGGAAAGGGAAAGGAAAGCCGCAAGAAGGAGAUAGCGAUGAUAGUGAAUAGACUGAAGAAGGAUCCUGCAAAUGCUUUUGCCUAACGUCAUUUGACAUCUGAAGCAAGAAAUUGACUGCUGAUCUAUAGACCUUCAUCCAUGUUAGAUAAAUAGACCAGAGAUUCCACUAAAAAAUAAUACAAACUGUAGAGUACCAGGAAUAAAUGUUGCUUCUUUGCAAAUUAUCCUUUUUUUCCUGAUCUAAUUUGCUUCUACCUUCUGGGGCUUGGAAAGGUUCAUGCCAAUAAAAUCCUAACACAUC